UUGAGGGAAGGUGGUGGCCGAUUAACUUCCAAAAUGCAGAUCUUUGCAAAAAUCCUAACCUGGAAAACUGUAACCCUUGAGGUUGAACCCUCAGAUACCACUGAAAAUGUUAAGGCUAAGAUUCAGGACAAGGGAGGUAGUCCUCCUGAUCAGCAGCGUCUGACCUUUGCAGGAAAACAAUUGGAAGAUGGCCGUACUCUUUCCGAUUAUAACACCCAGAAGGAAACAACUCUCCAGCUUGUGCUGAGACUGCGUGGUGGUGCCAAGAAGAGGAAGAAGAAGUCGUACACCACCCCUAAGGAGAAGCAUAGGAGGAAGAAGGUCAAGCUUGCUGUCCUUAAGUAUUACAAGGUCAAUGAGUAUGGGGAAAUCUAUCGUCUACGCCAUGAGUGUCCUUCAGAGGAGUGUGGUGCUGGUGUGCUCAUGGCCAGUCACUUCAACAGGCAGUAUUGUAGGAAGUGCCGUCUGACAUACUGCUUCAAACAAGGCUGA